UAGGUUUUGAUUUAUCGGAACUCGCUCGCACUACAAAAAAAAAAAGCGAGAUCAAUUGUAUUGUAUUGCAUAUUUUUGAUGUGGAAUCCUACCGAUAUGAUCGUGAUGCCAUAUUAAUUGAUCUAGAUUUUCUCGCACUCCUAGGAACGUAAUUUUUGAAGCUGUUAGUGUUACGUGUCUUUCUUACAACUCUCCGCAUGAUAAUUGGGGAUCGGUUGUAAAAAACGCGAACCGGCAAGCGCGAUCGAGUCCUGCCAGUAUUCUCAUAACAUCAUUUAUAUCAUAGUUGUAUCUUCUUCUUCCCGUCGACUUCCGGGAACGCAUUUGUCCUGCAGCCCUCCUCCAUUAUCUGUAGUUUGCCUCGGAAAAAAAACCCAAGAAGACUGACAAGAUGCCGGGGAGUUUAUACAACUGGGAGAAGUACAACACCACGUACUUUCUGAACGGCGCACUGUGCGGUGGCGUUUGCUGUUCGGUUACACACGGCGCCGUGUGCCCAGUCGAUGUCGUGAAAACCAGAAUUCAGCUUGACCCAGUGAAGUACAAUGCCGGUCUGGUCUCCGGUAUGCGCAAAGUUGUGGCAGAGGAAGGUAUGGGCGCGCUCGCAACGGGUCUCGGUCCCACCGCAAUGGGUUACUUUAUCCAGGGAUGGUUCAAAUUUGGCGGCUUCGAGCUGUUCAAAGUGAAAGCUGCGAACUAUCUCGGCGAUGAGCAGGGUACUUCUAGAACCAGAUCAUGCUGAUUAUAUAUUAGUCUUGAAGAUUCACUUAAUUCACGAUAGUACUGGAGAGACGACAACUCGAUCGAAUUUUGUCAUUCUGACCGCCCAUGAUAGCCACACAUAGAUGAGUAACUAAGUCUAGGCACGUAAGUACGCGAUUUCAAAAUUGAUUCAAUUCCUUACAACUGCAACAGGUUGGAAGUACCGCAACCAGAUUUACUUGGGCGCUUCUGCGUGCGCCGAAUGCAUUGCUGACGUGUUUUUGUGCCCACUGGAGGCUGCUCGUAUCCGACAAGUGAGCGACCCAAAAUUCGCCCAAGGAACGUUCGCAGCAUUGAACAAGCUAUACGCACUGGAAGGCGCCGCCGGCUGGUACAGUGGUUUCAUCCCCAUGCUUUUCAAGCAAGUUCCGUACACUAUGACGAAAUUCGCGGUUCAGGGAAUAGCGGCGGAGAAAAUCUACGGAAUGGUACUACUUCCUUCCAAUAGUACCGUAGAUGUAGAACCAGGACCAAGGUCACAAAGAUGAAUCGACUACGUAGGUCCCCCAAUGAUAAAGUCACGUUUAAAAAUGAUUGACUUGUAUUCUUGUUCCUUUACUGAGGUCUAUCUCAUACUUGAUCAUAUCACUUCAUCAGGUCGGCCAACCAUCGGAGCUUUCGCAAGCAUCUAAGACUGGAGUAUCCCUCGCAUCUGGUGUGAUUGCGGGUGUCGCAGCUGCUAUCAUUAGUCAUCCAGCUGAUACACUCCUGUCAAAGAUCAAUAAGAAGGGUGCAGGAGGUGAGGGCGGGGUCGUCGUUCGCCUCGGUCGCAUUGCUGCAGAAAUCGGUCCCAAGAAUCUGCUGACCACCGGUCUGCUCCCGAGGUAUUCACUCUUUCGUUUAUUGCUAAUCGUACUAUUCCAUCAUCAUCUACUACAUCAUAAUUUUGAUCGAACAUCUAAGUACUAACGCCACCAAAUGCAGCAAAUCAAUACGUCGAAAUCAAAAAAAUAAUCAACAACCCCAUUAAUUUGAUAAAUUUGAUAGGUGCGUCAUGAUCGGAACACUCACGGCUGGGCAGUUUGGUAUCUUCGAUACGUUGAUGCCGAUGAUGGGCGUCGAGAAGUUCCAUUUUCACAACCCCGAGGGGCACAAGCACUAGAUCUUACGCAUAGCGACAACUUACUAGUUUUUGACAAGAAGGAGAAGGAACACCUUCCUUAUAACGAAGUUUGAUGCAUAAAAUUCAGCUCUUGACGGACUAAGUGAGGGCAAUUGAUUAGUUCAAGUAUUCCUAUCGCUUUCCAGGUCAUUGUGAUUGUCUGUGAUUGUCCAAAACACACAUCCUUUGGCCUGGUUACCGAAAAAACAAAAAGACAAUUUGAAUAUUCGUAAUUUAGGGCCAACAAGACAUCAGUUUCUGUUUCAUCAAUGUUGACAUUCGAAAGUCCCAAUUUCAUCAAUAAAUAUUUUUAUUUUUACGCGAAACUCGAGUUGUUCACAAAUGACUCAUUGCUACCUACUUGACGUUUUUCAUCUGCAUUGUCGAACCCGGUGGCCGACUGCCGGAAAAUUUCCACAGGAAUUGACGCAGUAUGGUGCGCCUCGGUAUGCACUUGCUCGCCAUAGUACACAAGUUUCCAUCAUGGAAAUACGAACAUAGUGCACUUAGACAUAGUUUUGAAUAAUUAACGCAUCGCAACUUUUCUCUGCAAACAAUUUAUCUAUCAACAGUUUACAACUCCAUCGCAGUAGCUUAUAUGAUUCAUUUAUUAUCAUGAGUAGUCACACGAUCACGACAUCGACUACAGAAGAUACGACAUGCCAUUUCUCCUCGCGAGGUAAAGGAGCGAAAAAAGUUCGGGAAGCAGGAGGACCGUGAACAAUUAAUGAAUAUAUACCGGCAGUUGUUUCACGUUGCAUCAGGAACUCGGCUGCUGGCUGGAAGUGCAAACGCAUUCAAUUAACAUUUUUUGAUGCAAUAAUGAAAGAUCAAGAUGAAUUUUCCACUUGCCGCUGAAAAAGGCCUGAAAAUAUAGGGAGAAGGACAAAAAGUGCCAUGAUGAGACGAAGGUAUCGCAGUCAUCCUAUGAUGAAU